UCUAGUUACGAAUAUCUAUGUCCGUCCUGCUAGUAGUAGUCCAAUCCAAUGGGCAUGUACGUUCCAUACGCGGCCUAUGAAUCAGUCACAUAAGAUGGCGACUGCGGAGCCGGAACUUAGUCAAUCCCCUACCAAACAUUCAGAGGAAAAUUCGGAGGAGACGAGUCUUGAGGUUGUAAAUCCUGAAGGCUAUAUCAAACACCCUCUACAGAACAAAUGGUCUCUUUGGUUCUUCAAAAAUGACAAGAGCAAGACUUGGCAAGCCAACCUACGGCUCAUCUCAAAAUUUGACACAGUGGAAGACUUUUGGGCAUUGUACAAUCACAUUCAGCUGUCAAGCAAUCUGAUGUCAGGCUGUGACUACAGCCUGUUCAAGGACGGCAUUGAGCCCAUGUGGGAGGAUGCCAGGAACAAAAAGGGCGGCCGUUGGCUUCUCACUCUCAACAAGCAACACAGACGGGUUGAAUUAGACCGUUUCUGGCUUGAGACGCUGCUAUGCUUGAUCGGAGAGGCCUUUGAUGACUACAGUGAUGAGGUUUGUGGUGCUGUGGUCAAUAUCCGAACUAAAGGAGACAAAAUAGCUGUCUGGACGACAGACUUUGAAAACAGAGAUGCUGUCACCCAUAUAGGGAGAGUGUAUAAAGAGAGAUUAGGACUGCCUCAGAAGAUGACCAUUGGCUUCCAGUCCCACACUGACACGGCCACUAAAAGUGGCUCCACUACCAAGAACAAGUAUGUGGUCUAAAGGCAGACGCUCCUGCUCUAUGCCUGGUCCUCGUGUCGGACUGUUCAGGCCACGCCAUCUCCUCACACAGAUAUGCCAACUCGCAAGUGAACAUCCAGACACUCGCACUCAUACACACACACACUCAUACACACACACACACACACACUACAAACCAAAGCUAUCAGACUCGGACUAUUCCGAAACACAUAUUUACACGGCAACAUACUGUACACAUGGGCGCAUGUGUACAGUAAACCAAAGCUACAGUAAAAAGCUGAACUUCAGAUUUGUACUGCAUCAUCAUGCCUUCCUUAAGCUUACUGAACACUUUGACAAAAACACACAGAGAUUCAGCAAACACAUUCACAAACAGUGCCUUUGACGUUUUUUUAUUUUAUUUUUUAUUUUAUUUGUAAGUAUUUGUUUUGGGAUUUCUCCCCACAAGAGGGCGCUCCAGCAUCACUGCUUCGGAGAGCUCUCUAGCAAGUGCCUCUGCACCAGUCUAAAGACGUCACCAUGGAGACGUCACACAUUUUCUUCAUUCUCUAAUGACCCUUCAGCAGAAGGGAGUCAGUCUGAAAUUUGAAAGUAAAAUCACAAGUAGCAUUCACACCGUUGUGCCGUCAGAACAGUUUCACAGCAAAGUGUUUCAUUAGAUGCAAGGUGUUGGCAAAAAAAAGUGUAUGAUGCUUGGGGUUCAGAUGCUUCCCGUAGAGUGCGCAUAUGGGUCGCCAGUCUUGCAUGUUAAAGCACUACACACCUCUCCGGUGGAAAUUGACCCUCAGCUGAAAUGCACACAGACUAAAUCAUUCAUGGUCCCCCAAAAAAUGCACCUGGUAUCAGGCAAGAGUGGUCCGUGUGUAAGGAAGUGUAAAAUAUUCAAUGUGGUCUUAUAAAAAAUAAACCUCAAUGUUGAUUUAUUUAAUGUUUGAAAGAAAUAAGGAAAUUGUAUAAAAAAUGCAAUAUGGAUUUCUGUUGUGAUGUUUUCACAUGGCACUGGCCAUGCCUUUACACCCAAUAUUUAAUUUAUUUUGACAUUUGAUGUUAAUUCAACUUUUUUGCAUUUCCUUUAGAAUGCAUGCAAUCAAAGCCAAUGUGAUCUUCAUGAUUGCCUUUUUUUGGCAUAUUAACAUAAUUAAAUCUUUGGUUUUUGCAAUUCAAUACAAGCGUUUUUUAUAUUGUGAAUUAUUCUAUGCAGAUUUGAUCUCUACUACAUUCCUUGUGAGAAUUUGUAAGAUAAUUGAAUAUGCGAAUAUUAACUAUUGCUGUUAAUGGAAUGAAUUGUACUUUGAUUGGGAUUGGCCUUUGACUACUCAGUCAGAGCACAGCAGUAUUUGAAAUAAAGGUUUUUGAGAGUUUCAA